UGCUAAAGAGCAUUGUGAGCGCGCUAUAAAAGCCGCUCAAACAGUGGCAGAUGACAAUUAGUAACGUUUCAAUCGUCGCACAGUUCACAGAGAAGCAACAUGAAGUUCGCCGUCGUCGUAGUCUUGUUCGCUUUGGCCUAUGGUGUCAAUAGCUCCGUCGUGCCCCUGUUGACCUCCGUCCAGGGAGGCGUUGUGGUCGCCGCUCCCGCCGUCGCCGGCUCCGUCGCUGUCCAUGCCUCCGCUGUGCCAGCCGCCGUGCCCCUUGCCCUCUCUCCCGCUGGCCCCGUGCUCAUCCAGUCGGCUCCAGCUGCCGCUGUUGUUCAUGCCGCUCCUGCCGUGGUCGCUGCUGCUCCAGCUGUUGUCGCUGCCCAUGCUCCAGCUGUGGUUGCCGUUGCCGCCGCUCCAGCUUCGUAUGUGGCCAAGACCCGCGGUGCCGUCCAUGUCGCUCCCCUGCCCGGACAUGUCCAGAGCGCUGCCUCCGUCAACUUGGAACCCGCACCAGGCACCUGGUAAACAACACACUUGGAUUCGCCACCAGCCCAGCCCUCUUGACCUUGCCAUCGAUUCUUUUUUUGAGUUUCGCUCUAAUGCUUAAGUCUCUCUAGCCUUUUGUUUUUAUUUCCCAAAAUGGUUUUCCUUCUUACCUUGCAACCUGGUUGCUCCUAGCCACACUUUUUACCGCAAAUCUAAGUCAAGCUAAUCACACAGCUGCCGCCUGAGCAGCUCUAUAACUGCUCUCCUAUCUAUCUAUCCAUUCUAUUCUAUUCUAUUCUGUUCAACUUCAUGAAUGUACAUUCAUCCUGCUGUCUCAGGAUCUGUUAACCACAACCACAAAUCGCCACCACGCACAAUCUCUGUUGUCAUUUGGAAAAUUGUUUCAAAAUAAAAAUGUUUAAAAUCAAAAAA